CCGCGCGGGCCUCCGUAGAACGGUCUCUUGCCGACCUCUCUUUUCAUUGGUGUUGAAUGAGGUGGGCGGGUCGCCGAGAAGUGGGAGGAAGAGAAGGCGGCGGCGAUUGUGGUGACUGAGCGGAGCCCAGUGACAGGAUGGCUGGGCACAGAUUGGUGUUGGUAUUAGGAGACCUGCACAUCCCACAUCGGUGCAACAGUUUGCCAGCUAAGUUCAAAAAACUGCUGGUGCCAGGGAAGAUUCAGCACAUUCUCUGCACUGGAAACCUUUGCACCAAAGAGAGUUAUGACUAUCUCAAGACUCUGGCUGGCGAUGUCCAUAUUGUGAGAGGAGACUUCGAUGAGAAUCUGAAUUAUCCAGAGCAGAAAGUUGUGACUGUUGGGCAGUUCAAAAUUGGUUUGAUCCAUGGACAUCAAGUUAUUCCAUGGGGAGAUAUGGCCAGCCUAGCCCUAUUGCAGAGGCAGUUUGAUGUGGACAUUCUUAUUUCAGGACAUACACAUAAAUUUGAAGCAUUUGAGCAUGAAAAUAAAUUCUACAUUAAUCCAGGUUCUGCCACUGGAGCAUAUAAUGCCUUGGAAACAAACAUUAUUCCUUCAUUUGUGUUGAUGGAUAUCCAGGCUUCUACAGUUGUCACUUACGUGUAUCAGCUAAUUGGAGAUGAUGUGAAAGUAGAACGAAUCGAAUACAAAAAAUCUUAAAGCCAGGCCUGUCCUGUUGAUUUUUCUGCUGGGCUUUUUUUUUUUUUUCAUUCCCCUGUUCAACUCAAGUAAUUAAACAUUUAAGAGCCACAAAAUUGUAUCACUUUUAUAAUAUUUUGCAGUAAAAUAUAUCGUCUUCUGUUAAUACAGUGUUGGAGCUUCUUGUAAACUGUAAGAUUAUAUUUAGUUUAUGAUUUCUAUGAAAAAAUGUUUACCACACAGUAAAUGGUCACACGUUAAGAAAAAUUUAUCCUUGUAAAUAUCUUCAUAGUUGAUAUUUGGAACUUUAUUACCAAAGUAGUGCAUGAAGAGGAAGAACCUAGACUUUCUUGUAAAAAUUUUUCUCUUCUCCAGUAAUAAACAGUUACCUUUCAUUUAUA